AUGGAUCAGCUCAAGUACCACAGCGCAGGCAUCCAGGAGAAGCUGGAGAUCGCCGGGGUGGAGGAUGAGGCCGGGAACCCCAUCAGCGCCCUGACCAUCCUGUCUUUGCUGGAGCGCGUGGCCAGCAUCAUCGAUAACGUCCAGUCCUCCCAGCAGCGCAUGGAGGAGCGUCAGCAGGAUCUGGAGAACAACAUCAAGACCAUCCAGGGGGACGUCCUGAAACUGGCAAAGGACCACACCGACACCAGCGGCACCGUAGAGAAGCUCCUGCAGAAAACCCGCAAAGUCAGCGCCAACGUCAAAGAGGUCCGGACACGCGUGGAGAAGCAAAACGUCCGAGUCAAGAAGGUGGAGUCCACGCAGGAUGAGCUGCUCACCCGCAACAAGUUCAGAGUCGUCAUCUACCAGGGUGAGACAGAGGUCCCAUCAGUGGCCGUCACCAAGUCCCCCAAAGGACCCGGCCUGGAGGGGCUGGAUAUGGAGCCGGACUCUUACGACGUCCCCGCCGACCUCUCCUCUGACGAGGAGUACCUGAGUCUGGAAGAAGCCGACCCCUCGCGAGCUGCUCGACUCAAGAAGUCGGUCAUGAAGAGCACGGAAACACUGAAGGCCGCCUUCUCAAAGGAGAACAUGAGCAAAACCAAAGAUAACCUGGGCACCAAGUUCCACCACCUGGGCGAGAAGGUGAUGCCACCCGAGCGGAGGGAGAAAAUGCACCAGGCCGGCGAGCGGCUGAAGCAGUCUGGCGAGCGGCUCAAAGAGAACAUCGCCAAGAAAGCUCCGAGCAAGGAGGCCUUCCGCAUCAAGCUGAAGAAGGAGAGAGCUGUCGCCGAGGGCCAGGAGGGCGCAGAGGCCGAGCUCCAAGGGAAGGAGAGCAAGCCGGAAGAGGGGGUCACCUACACCGAGGUCGCACUGGAGAGCAAGAGGGAGGGGCCUGUGGAGGAAGCUGGUGCCACCCGGAUAGCAGAGGAAGAUCACAGGAAGUAGAAGGCCCAAAGUAGGACACAUCAGAGAGAAGGUCUGUGAUUGGUCGACAUCAUUGGAGGACAUUUUAUUUGUCUGACUGUUUAAAGGAAGAAGUUGGUACUGACACCAGAAAAUUCAUCAGAAUAUCAACUGGUUA